UAAACCAAUUAACCGCGAAAUGCAUGACGUGUAAAAUCCGCCAUCUUCUCUCAGACAACAAUCCAGACAACAAAGUGCUCUAGUAUUCAUGCCGUUUCUCAGGCGAGCUGAAGCUGUCAGUGGACGCUUCGUGUAAGUUUUCUGCGUCACAGAAGAGAGAUCGUCUGGCUCAACUUGUUUUGCCCCUUAUAUUCACAAGGACCAGAGAUUUCACCAACAUGGCAACACAAGCUGUGUCUAAUCCUGCAACAGACGAGAGAGAACAAGGGCACAGAAAGGCUUCUCUGCGUAAACACACGUGUUCGACAUGCGGAAAGCAAUUUAGAGAUCGCUGGCAUCUAAAUGAACACAUGAACACUCACACCAACGAAAAACCAUACGAAUGUGAGACGUGUAAGAAACGCUUUAGUCAGUUGAGUUCUCUAAAGAGUCAUAUGCGAACUCACACUGAUGAGAAACCUUACAGAUGUGAGGAAUGUGAUGGGAAGUUCAGAACCUUGAGAGAACUUGAGUCACACAUGCGGACUCACACGGGUAAGAAACCAUACUCGUGUGAAAACUGUAGCAAAAGCUUCAGACACCUGGAUACUCUGAAGAAGCAUAGGAGAACUCACACCGGUGAGAAACCCUACAGAUGUGAGCAGUGUGAGAAACAGCUCAGUGAACUUGGCUCUCUAAAGAGGCAUGUGAGGACCCACACCGGUGAGAAACCUUACAGUUGUGAGGAGUGCAACAAACAAUUCACUGAUUCGGGCUCUCUGAAGAAACAUAUGCGUACUCACACCGGUGAAAAGCCCUACAGAUGUGAGAAGUGUAACAAACGAUUUACUAUCUCUGGUAAUCUGAACAAACAUAUGCGGACUCACACGGGUGAGAAGCCAUACACGUGUGAGAAGUGUAGCAAACAGUUUAGUGCGCUGAGUAGUCUGAAGAAGCAUAUGAGGACCCAUACUGGUGAAAAACCUUACAGCUGCAAGGAGUGCAACAAACAGUUUAGCCAAUCCUCUCAGCUGAAGGAGCACGUGAAGACUCACACUGGAGAGAAACCGUACAAAUGUGAAAAGUGCGACAAGCGGUGUAGUAAGCUGGGUAAUCUGAAGAGUCAUAUGCUGACGCACAACCUUGAGAGACCAUACUACAAAUGCGAGGAGUGCAGCAAACAAUUCAUUCACCAGAAAUCUCUGAGGAGCCAUAUGAAGACUCACUCCGGAGAUCUAGAGAAACCGUACAGAUGUGACGAGUGCAGCAGACAGUUCGGUAGUCUGAGUCAUCUUAAAUCUCAUAUGAUGACCCACAAUGGAGAGAAACCUUACAGAUGUGAGGAGUGCAGCAGGCAGUUCAGACGGUUGGAUGAUUUAAAGAGGCACAUUCGCACUCACACUGGAGAGAAACCGUACAGAUGUGAGGAGUGCAACAAGCAUUUUAGCGAGAAAGGUUCUCUGCAAAUACAUGUGAGGACGCACACCGGUGAAAAGCCCUACAGCUGUUUGAAAUGCAGUAAACGUUUUAGUGACAGGGGUCAUCGAAAUAAGCAUAUGAGGACUCACACGGGUGAAAAACCGUACAGGUGUGAGCAGUGUAGCAAACAGUUUAGUCAACUGGGUAAUCUGAGGAGACAUAUCAAAACCCACACCGGGGAGAAACCCUUCAGAUGUGAGAAAUGCAGCAAACAGUUCAGUCAGCUGGUCGCUUUAAAGAGACAUGUGCUGAUUCACACCGGUGAGAGACCCUACAGAUGUGAUACAUGCAACAAACGUUUUAAUGAUCCUAGUAGUCUGACGAAGCACAUAAGGACUCACACCGGUGAGAGACCCUUCAAGUGUGAGACAUGCAACAAACGUUUUGCCGAAUCGGGUACCCUGAAGAGCCAUAUGAAGACUCACACUCGUGAUAAAGCUCGAAAGAUGUGAUAAAUUCAAUACAAACAGUUUAGCUAUCUUUUUUUUUUCUCUCUGAGAAAAGAGAACUUGCACUGGACAAAAACCAUACAGAUGUGAAAAUAGCAGCAGACAGCUUGGGGGCGGCUUUGUUCUCUUCAAAUAAAUGAAAAGUUACAGAGAAGAAAAAGCAUAUACAUG